UUUUUUUUGCUCUUUUAACCCUACUCUUCCGUUAUAAUAAAAAUGUCUCUCGUCUUCAGACCCAACACCGUCCAAGCCAAGCAAAGAUACUUCCAAGCUCCUUCCAACACUCUUUUGUUCCUCCGUGGUCCCAGAGAUAAGCUCUUUGUUUACACCACCUUCCUCGUUCUCGGUACUGGUGUUGCUGGUUCUCUUUGGGGUGCUAUCAACAUGGCUCGUGGCAACAAAUAAAUUCAUCAAAUAACUACUAGAAACCAACAGCCGAUAGACAUUAUGGACUCUUUCAUGAGAAUCAUUCAAUAAGCAUGUAUAGCAAGAAAUAUUUUUUUAAUUAAAAAAUGCUUUGUUUGUCAAAA